AUGGUGUUGAAGUCCAGGAUGGCGUCGCUGUUGAUCAUGAAGCAGUUCUGCAGCGGGGUCAUCACGUCCUCCACCGUCUUGGUGCGCAGCUCCAGCGCUCCCUGGAUCAUGUUGAGCUCCUCCCUCACCAGGUCGUUGUAGGGCUCCGUCACCUUCAGCAUCUCCACCAGCUUCUCCCGGUUGUAGACGGUGCCGAUCUCCUGGCCCAGGAUGCAGUCCAGCAGCUUGCUGAUGGGGUAGGACAGCGGGAAGGUGACCAGCAUGAAGAACUUGGUGACCACGAUGGUGUUGGCGCCCACGGCCAGCCCGUGCCGCGAGCACAGCGCCUGCGGCACGAUCUCGCCGAAGAUGACGAUGCCGAUGGUGGAGGCCACCACGGCGCCGAUGCCGGAGCCGAUCAGGUCGUCCAGCAGGAUGGUCAGCGUGGUGUUGACCAGCACGUUGCCCAGCAGCAGCGAGCAGAGCAGGUAAUUCCCUUUCCUGCGGAUGGGCUCGAUCCUGCGGGCGUAACGCUUCUCCUUAUCCGUCCCACAGUUCUGCACGAUCCUCAGCUCCAUGGGGUCCAACGCCAUCAAGCCCAGGUUGAGCCCGCUGAACAUCCCCGACAGCACCAACAAGCCCGCGAUCAGAAUCACCUGCAGCCACAAGGGCAGCAGCGACUUCUUCUCCUCCAGCACCAGCACGUGCCCGUCGGGCCCUUGGUGCGGCAGCCAGGGCUGCCCGGGCCGCCGCUGCGAGCACAGCACGUAGGUCUUGGCCCUCUCGUCCUUGCGCAGCGGCUGCACCCGCACCCGGAGCAGGGCCGAGGUGUCGCGGGGCUCGGCGGGGCCGGGCCGCACCACCAGGUCCUGCGAGCGCUCCUGGCACGUGGCGUUGCCGCUCGAGGCGUUGCCGCCCGGCCGCAGCUCGGCGAAGGCCACGCGCUCGGCGGCGCCGGGGCCCAGCCCCAGCCCGUAGAGGCGCAGCAAGGCCUCGCUGCCUUCCGUGAGGCGGAUGGGCCCGCGCUCGGCCGCCCCCGCCGGUGCCACCGCCGCCGCCGGUUUGGUGCUCUCCUCCAGGCGCAGCCCCAGCACCACGGUGUCGGCCGCGGGGACGGCGCCGCCGGGCAGCGCCAGCAGCAGCAGCAGCGGCGGCAGGAACGGGCCCGGCGAGAGCGGGGUCCCCCCACAGCCGCCGGCGCCGCCGCCCGCCGCCAUGUUGGGCACUGGCGGGAGCGUCACGCACGGGCCGACGCGGCCGCGGGGUGACGUCACGCGCGGAGGGCACGCCCCCUCGGGGAACGGCGGCCGGUUGGGCACGCCCCUCGAGGAUGACGUCAUUGAGGGCACGCCUCCUCGGGGACCGGCGACCGGUUAGGUACGCCCCCUAGAUGGUGACGUCACUACAGGCGCGCCGUGGAUGGUUCAAUGAUGUCAUGCCCAGGGGUGACGUCAUACACGGAGCACCGCCCAGAGGAGGGGAAGGACGCUCUGGCCACGCCCUCAGCGGUGACGUCACGCGGAGACACGGCUCCUCCCAACGGGGUGUGGCGAAACUCUUAAAGAGAUACGCCCCUACUGUGACAUCACACACAGGACCACGCCCCCGGUUUUUCCUCUGGCCGCACCCCCUCGGUGACACCUUUGAUGUGACAUCACACCCCGCAGCAGGGAGAAACGAUCCUGGGGGCAACCGCGGGGUGACGUCACCUAGAGGGCCACGCCCACGCUGAGGGAGUCACACUGCUGGGGGCACAGGGACACGCCCCUUGUGACGUCACUCGGCCCGGGGUGGCACCAGGACCUCGGGGGUGGCACUAGGACCCGGGAGAAGGGAGGUCACCCAGCUCAAUGGCGGCUGUCAUCACCAGGCGCCGGAACUGCAUUACCCAUCACCCCCUCGCACAUCCAGGUGACAGACAGCUCAUCUGACCAAUCAUCAUUGGUGCUUCCCCUAAUGGGCGGGGACAGCGGUGCGAGCCAGCCAAUGGGCGCGCGGGGCGGGCCGCGGCGCGGUGGGGGAAAGAUGGCGGCGGCGGGCCGGUGGCGGGCCGGGUUGGUCCUGCUGGCCGUGCUGCUGGAGCUCGGCGGGACGGCGGCCGAGCAGACCGAGGAGCACCUCAAACGCGAGCACUCGCUGUCCAAGCCGUACCAGGGUGUGGGCUCGGCCAGCUCGGGGCUCUGGGACCUGCUGGGCAACGCCAUGGUCAUGACUCAGUUCAUCCGCCUCACCCCCGACGUGCAGAGCAAGCAGGGAGCCGUGUGGAACCGAGUGCCCUGUUACCUGCGGGACUGGGAGAUGCAGGUGCACUUCAAGAUCCACGGGCAGGGCAAGAAGAACCUCAACGGAGACGGAUUCGCCAUCUGGUACACCAAGGACAGGAUGCAGCCAGGACCUGUUUUUGGGAGCAAGGACAACUUCCUGGGGCUGGGAGUGUUCGUGGACACGUAUCCCAACGAGGAGAAGCAGCAGGAGGCUCAGAAGAGGAGGUACAGCCCUGGAAACCAGCGCGUGUUCCCCUACAUCUCCGCCAUGGUGAACAACGGCUCGCUGACCUACGACCACGACCGCGACGGGCGCCCCACCGAGCUGGGCGGCUGCACCGCCAUGGUGCGCAACCUGCACCACGACACCUUCCUGGUCAUCCGCUACGUCAAGCGGCGCCUCACGGUGCUGAUCGACAUCGACGGCAAGCACGAGUGGCGCGACUGCAUCGACGUCCCCGGCGUGCGCCUGCCCCGGGGCUACUACUUUGGGACAUCCUCGGUCACCGGGGACCUGUCAGACAACCACGACAUCAUCUCGCUGAAGCUGUACCAGCUGACGGUGGAGCGGACGCCGGAGGAGGAGAAGCGGGAUCGGGAAGUUUUCCUGCCCGUGGUGGACAACCUGAGGCUGCCGGGAAUGGAGGCACCAAUGGAGCCCAUGAGUGGCCUGGCCCUGUUCCUCAUCGUCUUCUUCUCGCUGGUGGCCCUCGUCUUCGCCAUUGUCAUCGGCAUCAUCCUCUACAACAAGUGGCAGGAGCAGAGCCGCAAGCACUUCUACUGAGCCCAGACCCCUGGGGUGGCCCAGCCCGGGCUGGCGGUGGCCACGUCCCCAUUGCCACCCGUGCCAGGGUGCCAGGGAGCCCCAAAGGACGGUGCCAGCCUGGCUGAGGGGUGCAGAGACUCCCCAGCGCUUGUCCCGUUGCUGUGGCCACCAGAGACUGCCCAGGUGCCACCAUCUGGAUGUGCCCACCAGAGACUGCCCAGGUGCCACCAUCUGGAUGUGACCACCAGAGACUGCCCAGGUGCCACCAUCUGGAUGUGACCACCAGAGCCCCCCUGGAUGAGCCCCACUCCGGACUUUUGGCGGCCACAUCCCCAUUGCCACCUGUGCCAGGGCAUCCAGGACCCCCCAGAUGCCUGGCAUGGGGACGGUGCCAGCCUGGCUGAGGGGUGCAGAGACUCCCCAGCGCUUCUCUCAUGGCUGUGGCCACCAGAGCCCCUCCCGAGGAGCCCCACCCUGGCACGUCCUGGUCACAUCCCCAUUGCCACCUGUGCCAGGCAUCCAGGACCCCCCAAAUCCCUGCCAUGGGGACGGUGCCAACCCAGCUGAGGGGUGCAGAGACUUCCCAGGUGCCACCAUCCAGCUGUGGCCACCAGGACCCCCCCUGGACGAGCCCCUCUGGGCUGGGACGAGCCCCUCCGGGCGCUGCUGCUGCUUUUCCCGGCUGGAUGAACUGGAAGUGCCCCCUCCUCAGUUUUGGGGGUCCCCCUGCCCAUUUCCCAGCAUGUGGCCACCCCUGCAUGUCGUGUCCUGGGGCUGCUCCUACCUCAGGCCCUGCCAGCCACAGCGGGUGCCCAGCUCGCCUUGGGGGUGCCCUGCGCACUCGGGCUGGCAUCGCCCUCCUCGCCAGGACCCACCAGGAUCCCAGCCCUGCACCCUUCCAGGAUGGGCCCACCCAGGACAGGUGGUGCCCACCCAGGACAGGUGGUCCCCGGCAGGGUUUUGGUGGCCCCAGGGUGGUUUUUGGGUAGGUUUUGGUGGCCCCAGGGUGGUUUUUGGGUAGGUUUUGGUGGCCCCAGGGUGGUUUUUGGGUAGGUUUUGGUGGCCUCAGGAUGGGGUUUUUGGGUGGGUUUUGGUGGCCCCCAGGCUAGGAGAGGACUGGAGGGAUUGUCCACGCUGGGAGCUGUUUCCAAGGAGAGUUUUCCCAGAGUUUUGUUUUCUUUUUUGGGCCGAUCUGGUGGCGUGUGCCUUGCCUGGAGCUGUGCCCAGCUCCCCGGAGGGUGAGGAGGGGACUGAGGGGAUUGUCCAUGCUGGCACUGGGGAGCCGGGAGCUGUUUCCAAGGAGAGUUUUCCUGGA